AUGUUAAAACUUAACACAAACCAAUCAGUUGAAGGAUCACAAGAAGAAAAGUCAGAAGUAAAGAUGCCAAACAAGCGUAGUAUGUUUAUUUAUGUUUAAAAUGUAAGUAAAUGUAUUAAGUUCAUAGGAUUUAAACUAAUUUUUGUUUUCAGGGAUGAAGAAAAAACAGAAAAAACGGUCUGUUACUCAAAUUCAUCGUUCAAUAUUCCCUAAGGAUCCAUUAAUGAUAUUUUUUGAGUUGUACAAAAAUGUGCCUAUUACAUUAGAAGAAGAGACCCAUAGUAAUUGUGUAAUUUUCACUGCUUCAAUUAUGGUAAGAAAAAGUUUAUAACUUGAUAAAUUUAUUUGGGACUGAUCUGUCAUGUGGUAUGUGGUCUUCAGGCCUUUAUAUGAUGUGGUCUAUGUGCGCCCAGCUAGUUUUUACAUGGACUUAAUAUUAUUUUAUUUUUUUAUAACACUUUAUCUCUAUGGCCUUAUACUUUAUUUAUAACUUUUGAUAACAAUGCUUUGGAAUUUAGUAAAAGUGUGGACUCUGUGGAUACCAUCCAUAUACCUUUUUGAAAUCAAUGAAUAUUAUCCACAUAUUCUGUCAGUACUAGUACCCCUUUUUAAUUAUUUGACCUUUUAUGAAUAAUUGUUCUAUGGUUGCAUGUAGGAUAAUGCAAUUUACUAAUACUUAAGAGAAGGUCUUAUAUGCUGAGUUCAAAAGGGAUAUCCCUCUAUAGUUGUAAAAUUUUGUUUUGUCUCCUUUUUGUGAUAUUUUACUAUAAUUUUUAUUUUUUUAAAUUAGUAUUUUUGACUGAUAAAUAAUUGUAAUAUUUUUAAAUAUUAUAUCAAUAAUUAAAUUCCAAUAUUGGCAUAUCUGCAGUUAGCAUUUUAGCUGAUCACAGACACAAUCCCAAUCUUACUUUCAUUAAUAAUGUACUUAAUGGAAAAAUUGAUUCUAUCUUAUUAUUGUCCCAAAUUAACUUUAAAAUUUCAUCCUGCACCUUAUGUCCUGUCCCAUUCCACAUCCAAUUGUUUCAUUCUUACUAUGAAAUAAACCAACUAUGUAUGCUACAAGCCAAUUUGGACCCCUCCUUUUCUCUCUUUUAAAAUGUAAAUUUUAUUUACAUUGUUAUGUCGUAUUUAAUUGUACUUAAUAUUAUAUUCUACUUUGUAUUUUUAUUUAAAAAGCUGUAUGGCUUUAUUGUAAACAUAUAAAUAAAUGAUUUAUUUGUGAUAGACCGCAUACAAGUAAAUUCACUAGUAAAUGGCAUACUCAGGCCCAGUGGCUAGCUUUGGGGUUUUUAUAGGGCCCUUAAAUUAAAUUAUAAAUUUAGUUCUUUUUCUUAUCCAGUUCCGUGACUAAACAAUCAAUGAUGAUAUAAAAAGUUACAACUUCUAAUUUUUAGAUUCUGAGGGGGGCGAGAAAUGUUUUAGUUUUACAAUAAUGUUUAUUUUCAACAAAAAUAAUUUUAAAACCAAACUAAUUUAUAUGAGGCCACCUUAUUAUAUCGGGAUCCGGAGACAGCAACUCCCCUUUAAGUAUACCUUUGGGCAUACUACAUGAUAGCCUUGAUUUGUUUACUGAGUUACUUAUAAUAUAAUAUUAUUAUUUUUAUUAUUAAGAUUGAUGGUCAAUUGUAUACUGGAGAUCAUAUUUCCAAAAAUAAAGCUAAACAAAAAGCAUGUGAAAACUUAUUCCGUUCUAUGUUGGCAAAAAAAAUUAGUGAAGAUACUUCAAGCUUUGGUAACUAAUGACGUUUUACUAAAAUUAUUAUGAGUAGAAAAUUGUUUAUGAAAGGAUCAAAAUUCUAUAAAAAUGGCCAAAAAUUACCUUUAGCAAAAUAAUACUAUUAAAAAAAUUAUAAAAAUAAUGAAAAAAAACAAACAGACAAAAUGCAAAAUAAAAUUUUCUCUUUUAUUGUUAUUUUUUUGAGUUGGGUGAUUUCUGUAUUAUUGAUAAAGGUACUAAAUAGGUUAUCAAACCUUAAAUAUAAUUAUUGACAAUCGAAAAAGAAAAAAUACCAAAAAUCUAUUAAAGCAAAUAGUACCUAAGUAUUAAUUUAUGUAAUACAUAAAUAUGCUCUUCAAACUAACAAAAUGACCAAAAAAACAAAAUAAAAGUUUCACUUUUGAAGUAUUUGUUACAUGACUCAAAUUAUGUACUUAGAAAUCAUUCUUAGAUUACACCAGGAAAAUAAGAAAUAUUUACAUUGAACCCUGGUGCUCUAAUCAUAAUGAUUAUAUGGGUGUGAAUGUAUAAAUUCACUUAUAUACUAAAUGGUUUUUUUUUUACCUUUAUUUCUCUAAAAGCUUGUCAUAAGUGAAUAUUCAAAUAUCUGUGUCCGUCAUUAAUGUUUUGAAGAAUAAAGAUACAAAGAUAUAAAAUAUUAAAUUCUGAAUGAUUUUAACUCUUGAUAGGUUAAGUGUUAUACACAAGGUAGGUAAUAUAUAUUAUGUAUUACUACCUAUUGGUUUAGAUAAAAAAAAAUAAUAUUAUCAAAAUUGGUAUAAAACUUUAAAAAAUAAUUAUAAAAGGUUAGUUAAAAUUUUCCUACUUUGGUACAUACAGAUACAAGUAGAGCAUAUUGCUCACAUAGCUUAUUUUUUUAUUUGAGAACAAACUUCAAUCUCCCAGAUCCUCAAAGUUAAAAAAAAUCACUUCAAAGUGGAUAGCUUACUAAAUGAUAUAUUCUAUAGAAUUGUACAAUGUAUCAUUCAAAUUUAAUAUUUUUUUUUUACAUAUUCUUAUUUAUUUAAUUUUUGUAAAUAUAAGUUAUGAUAACUUAAAUAACUGGUUUUUUUCUUGAAAAAUCAAUACAUUAUUAAUUAUAAUUAAUUUAAUUUGACAAAAAAAGAAAAAGUUGCUUUUACUGCAGAUGAAUCUACAGUAAUGGAUAGUACUGACAAUAUUAAUUCUGCUGAACCUAUGGAACUGCCAGAAGAAGAUUUUCCAUGGUCACAUUUUGCUUCAUUAGCCAUGCAUACCCUUAUAAAUCAGUGGGAUAUACAGUCUGCAACAAAAAAAUUGAAUGAUGCAGCAAGCAGUAAAGGAAAGGUGAAUAUUUAUAUUUUAUAAUUUUAUUCACUUCUAAAUUGGAAACUGUCUACAUAAAAAUGUCAGUAUAAACAAUUUCACUUAUCUAAUUCUAACAUUAAAAAUAGGUUAGUUAUUUUAAAGGAGUAAAUUUAAUAUAUUUAUAUAUACUAUAUAUAUAUAUAUAUAUUAUUUAUUACAUUAUUAUAUAUUUUAUAUAUAUAGUACUAUAAAACUAAGUAAUUUACACAACAAAAAAAAAAUUAAUCUUGCCAAUAGUAUUCAAAUUAUUGAUUUUAAUGUUUUAUUUUAUUUUUAGACCUGUGGUAGAAAAAUGUUUCCUACUAACCCAGAAAAUUAUAAUCCUGUUCAGUUAUUACAUCAAAUGGUACCCAAUGUUCCAUUUUUUGCGACAAUCAAUAUUUCAAAUACUCCAAUACGUUUUGAAACAAGCUGUGUAUUGAAUGGUAAAACAUUUAAGGGUCAAGGUAAUAUUUUGUUAAAAAACUUAUUAGUUUCAUUAAAAUUAUAAUACUUGUUAAAAUGUUAUAUGCUGUAUUUUUAAAGGAAUUUAAAUGAUUCAUUUAUCACCAACAAUGCACCAUCUAGCAGUUUAUCAAUGAUAUUGAUAUUAGUCUAAGAGUAGUGACAUACUAUUAUAUUUAUUUUGGUCAAAAAUUUUAGAUCAUUAUAGAAAAACCUGGGUAAUAGCAUUAAUAAAACCGGGUAAGCAACCCCUACUGAAACAACAAAUUCCUAAUUGAUUUUCCUCUUAUGCCAUACAUACAAAAUGCUAGAAAGUUAAUACUUAACAGAAUAUAUUAUACAGUGGACAAAUUGCUUAUAAAUGAUUUUGCUCAGAAUCAUUCAUUUGGAAAUAUAAAGAUUAGCCUUAACAACACACUAAAGUAAAUCUCAAAUUAUUACAAAAAUAACUGGUUAAGACCAAACCCAUCAAAACCCAAGUAUGCACUUCAUCUGAGAAAUAAAGAAGCAAAAUGAAUAAUCUGGGAAGGUGUUGAAAUUGAAAAUGCUGAAUACCCAAAAUACCUCAAUGUCACAUUAGACUGAACUUUAUCAUUCAAACAUCACUGCUGAAGAGAAAAAUACAUGUGAGAAAUAACCUGAUUAGAAAGCUCACAAGACAUCCUGGGUAGUGGAUCUAAAUACUGUAAGAACUUCUGCACUAGCACUAUGUUACUCAACAGCCGAAUAUGAAUAUGCUGCUCAUAUGGGCCAUAUCAUGUCAUGCGAAAAAGGUCGACAUUGCUUUGAAAGAGACCUGCAGGAUAUUCUCAAGAUGUCUUAAACCAACACUGAUCAAGGAAAUACAAGCAUUAUUUAUUAGGACAUUAGGAGAGAAAUUGCAUCAGAAAUAGAUCAACACAAACAACUAAAUGACCCCAUCAACCACUACAUGAAAAAAACACUCUGUAAAUACCACACAAAUCCAGAAAAAACUUCUUUACUAUGAUCCAACCUAUAAAGAACUUACCAGAAAAAGAAAGAAUUAACAGUUGGAAAGAGAGAGAACAAAACACUAGGAUGGAAUUAAAAGUAGUCGAGGAUCAUGGUUUUUCCUCAUUUGUAUAUAGGGUGAAUUUUUUUUCAAAAGAUUUUCUACUGAAUUCAUUUUUAAAGAAAAUAUGAAUGUUUAUUCUAAGAAGAAUUCACUAUGACGGGUAAAAAUGUAAAAUAUAUAAUAUAUACAUAAUACAUGUAUUAUGAAAUAAUAUCAACCAUUCAAUACAAAAAAUAGAAUACAAAUGGAAAAACCUCAAACUUAAAUGUAGAUAGAAUUUGUUUUAAAAACCAGUUAACAGUAGUAGCUGUACACCGGGUCUCAUUGUAUUUUUCAAUCUCCUACUCGUCAACUCAUUGUGUCAGUGUUUGAUGCUGUCACCAUGUUGCACACUGAUUGGUGCAUGCAUAUUGCAUAACUUUUUUUUUUGGAACAUUAUUAUGUUAACAACAUAAUCAUUCGAAAAAUAUUUUUGAAUAAUUUUUUUUAAUAGAUUCUUAUUGAACAAUUUUAAAUGAUUAGGUUCUAAAAAAAAUAAAAAAAUAUUAUUUUCAUAAAAUGGCAUGUGGUGCGCUUACACCUGCGUACCUAUUAUCCACCUCCACUGGACAAUAGGCCAUCUGCUAUAGUCUACAAUGCCUUCUAAUAGAAACUAUUUGUGAUAAAAAAUUAUUUACACUUGGAAAAUGACAAAGCGACAACAUUCAUUGAUUUUUGGAUCACAGAAAUCUGAAUGAAAUGAAAGAAGAAGAAAAACUUUUAGAUCAUUGUGUCAGUGCCCUUAGAAGAUAUUGGGUCAAGCUUAGAGUAUAUUUUAAUUUUUUGUAGGCCAUCAUUAGUUAUUAUACCAAAUUUAUUUUAAAUAUUGUUUUAAUAGCUCAAAAUAAUAAUGCAUGUAAUUGAUUUAAAAAUAAUUUAUAGGUCGAACAAAAAAGGAAGCUAAAAGAGAAAGUGCUAUCACAGCAAUUAAACAUGUUUGGGGUUUUGAUUACCAUUCCAUAAAGAAAAAAUGA